CUUGCUUGUUUACUAACGUUACUACGUUCGUUUUAGUCUGUGGUUGUGGGUAGGUGUGUUGUGCAGUGCUUAGCCAAGAUAAUAUGGCCGCCAGGAAUCGAGAAAGUGUACAAUUUUUAUAUUGCAUGAAGGGGUUCAAUAUGCAUUCCGAACUUCAAGCAAGUAAUAGAACUAUGUCUUAAACAAUUUGCCGAGUGUUGUUACCAGGAUGUGAUGUUAAGAUGGCAUCAUAUCAAGAACAAGCAGAUGACGAUGAUACAGGCUCCGAGGCAAGUAGUGCAGUGCACAAUGGAUCUGUGAUUUCAACUGUACCAGAUCGUCAUGGAUUUCUUGGUGGUUCACAGUAUACUGCUGAUCCGAAGCAGUUGGUGCCUCCUGGUGUGGUGUUACGGCGUGAACAAAAAUGGCUGCGUAUGCUGUCCAACUGGGAACGUUUUAUGACCAAAAACUACAAAAAGGUUAGAGAGCGUUGUAGGAAAGGCAUCCCUCCAUCAGUGCGUCCUCGUGCAUGGCUGUAUUUAUGCGGUGGGAAGUUGCUCUUGGAUCAGAGAAGAAACUUGUAUGCACAGUUAACAGCACAAGAUGGCGACCCGCGAUGGGUGGAUGACAUUCGGAAAGAUCUCCAUCGCCAGUUUCCGUAUCAUGAGAUGUUUGUUGAUCAGGAGGGUCAUGGGCAGCGUGACUUGUUCCAAGUCCUUAAGGCAUAUUCUAUCCUCAAUUCAAGUGUUGGCUAUUGCCAGGCUCAGGCCCCAUUGGCAGCUUUCCUACUUAUGCACAUGCCUGCAGAACAGGCUUUCUGGUGCCUCGUAUCCAUUUGUGACAAAUACCUUGGUGGCUACUACAGCCAGGGAAUGGAGACCCUUCAGGUGGAUGGUGAUAUCUUAUUUGGUCUUCUGAAGAAGGUCGCUCCUAAUGUAUACAAACAUUUAAAAAAGCAGAAGGUGGAGCCAAUUCUGUACAUGACUGAAUGGUUUCUCUGUGUGUUCACUCGUACAUUGCCUUGGGAUACCAUUCUUCGAGUCUGGGAUAUGUUCCUUUGUGAAGGAGUGAAGAUAGUUUUCAAGGUAGCAUUAGUAGUCAUAAAAUUCAGCCUGGGACGUCAAGGUGUACUGAAGAAGUGCCCUACCAUGUAUGAAACACUAGAGGUGCUCAGAAACCCUCCACAAGCUGUCAUGGAUGAAGAGUUUGUUGUACAUCAGAUAAAUCGGCUUAACCUCACAGAAGAAGACUUUGAAUAUGAGCAUCAGAGGCAGACUGCAAAACGACGGGCAGCACAGGAGAAUGGCAAGCGUUCUGGCGGCAGACGGUAGCAGCAGAAUGCUGUUCCUCAAUUGAAGGCAGUUCUUUGGUGACAUUGAUCUUGGUGCCUCAUUACUUUGUGAUAACAUCAUGUUUCUAAUCAUCUGGAAAGCAGUGUGCACAAAUAUACACAAUGUAGGAUAAAUUGAGAUGAUCACUUCUGAAAGCUGUGUGAUUUAUGGUCUGAUUUUAAUGUAAUUAAAUAGAAAAUGUUUUGUUGUUGUUUCCAUUAUUAUAUGAAGAAAAUCAAGUGCAAAUGAUAUAAUUACAGCCAUUUCACUGCAUUCAUUCAGUUUCAUAAAAUUCUGUCCUAUAAAACCUUGUGUUUAACUGAUUGUCACAUUGAUAAGACGGAACAGAUUAGUCAGUACCGAAAACACUGUUUUUGCACUCACUUUUGUGUGUGUCUCUGAAAUUGAAGGCUGCUAUGACUUGGGUUUCUUUAUGUGUUUUGGAAGAUCUCAUCUUCCAGAAAGGAAUCGUCACAUUGGAAAGAAGCUGUCAGUAUUAUCAAAAGACUGACAUGUAUGUAUUUAUUAAAUAUCAUAAUUUCUUCAUUGAUAUGACCAUGCUCACAGUGUUUCUACCCAAAUAUUGUUUUGCAAGUAUAGUAACAUUUCCUCACAAGCCUUCUUAUUGACCAAUAUUUAGUAUCAUGUUGAACAUGCUUGUUGGCCUGUAUGUGCAACAGUUGCCUUGAUUGUGACUUCUUAUUAGCAUAAAAUUCUUGUGAAUAUGAACAGUGGGUAGAAAAGGAAUGCAAUAUUAAUUUUAUAGAACAUAGAACUGUAAAAUCAGUUGAUGAAUGAUGUUUUGAAAUAAUGACCCAUAAAAUGAGAAAAUGAUUUGCCCUCGCUUUCGAUAUUAUCAAUUCUAUAACCAGAUUGUUUCAGUUUUUAGUGGUUUUUCUUGUUAGUAUAUAAUUUUUUAGUCUGAAUAUUUACUAGGAGGGAAGACAAGUCACUGUCCUCGUAUACUAUGGUUCGUGUGGUAAGAUUCCUCUCAUUGUACAUUUGAACCGUACUGUUAUUAAAGUGAACCAUUUUAUUCUGGUGAAUGUUCCUAAUUACUUUCUAGUAAGUCUGUGGGCAUAUGGCAUAUGACACUAUCUACAGACUAUGUAGUAUCAUAUGUCAGAAGUACACAGUUGUAAUAUUCACUGCUGUGAGAAUUUCAUAUCUCAUACCUUUUUGAUAAUCCUGUUCCACACAAGAUUAAUGGCUGCCUUUCUGGCUUUACUAUAAAUCUGAAAACGUUUUUCCAGUUUCUCCAUAUAACACUGUGAAACAACAACAGAAAUGUUGUGGCAGAUCUGAACUUUUUAAAACUAGUAGUUUCUAUAUAUCAAUUAUUUUGUGCCUGUAGAUAAAACUGGGGUAGCUGAAUAUGUUAUUUAAAAAGAUAUGUUUUAGCAUAUAUACAGGUCUGUGUUGGUGUCUCGACUACCCACAGCAGUGCCUGGUUGUUCAUAUCACAUGGUCACAGAACAACUGAUCCAUAAUAUUUUUGUCUGUGCUGUAUUUCUUUAACAGCAUCUUCUCCUGAAUUUCUGAACCUCAGAAAGUAACUUAGAUAUUUAAUCUUCUUUUCUGUUACAUUCCAUUAUAUGGCAUAUAAAAUAGUUGUACAAAAAAUACUGCCGAAGUAUUACUAAGAUUCUUCUUAAAAGCUCAGAUUUGUGUGUGUGUGUCUGUCU